AUGUUGGAAGAAACUCCGUCAUGGUGUGAAAAUCUAUGCAAUGUGAUCGGUGCGGAUAAAGUGAAGAGUCUGUUUCAUGCUGCCACCAUGUCUAUGUGUCAUUUGAAUCGUACAGGUGCUCGACUGAUGCAUAAAUACCAUGCUCAUGGUUGUACUGAUGUGACUGGUUUUGGUCUUCUCGGUCAUGCCAACAAUUUGGUACAAGUUCAAGAAAAGAAUCAAUUAGCAUUCAAAAUCCAUACCUUGCCAUGUCUGGACGGUGGUGCGCUAAUCUCAAAGGCACUAAACGAUCGUCUGAAGUUACUCCAAGGAUUAUCACCAGAAACAUCAGGCGGUCUGUUGAUCAUUCUACCUCGUGAAUCUGCCCAGUCUUUCUGUGAAGAGUUAACUGCUGAAACUGGUUGUCCAUCAUGGAUAAUCGGUGAUGUAAUAGAGGCCAGUAAAAAAGAAGCCAGUCUAACUGAAAAUCCAAAAAUUAUCGAUAUUCCUCAUUCACAAAUCACUGCCCCACGAAAACAACUUACAGCAAAUGACCAGUAG